AUGGGCUGUCCUGCCCUAGCCACAACAACCUUCCUGGUGGGAUUGGUGAUUACUGCCACACUGGCAGAUGUGGCUGAGAACAGGAGCCAAAUAUGCCAGCCUGCACCACUCUGGAAGAUCAAUGGGACAGUCCCAAUGGAUGGGGUGGAGGGCCAAGUGACAGUAGUGGCCCUGUUAAAAGCAAGCUGACAGUUCUGUCUCAAGCAAGCUGCCAGCCUUGGCAGCUUGCAGAAGAAGCUGUCCCAUAAAGGGAUGGUCAAUAUAAGCUUCAUGAUUGUGAAUGAGAAGACUCCUUUUUCCCGGGCAAUGUAUUGGGAGCUCAAGCGGCAUGCUCCAGAGGGAAUUCCUGUUUACCAGCAGGAGAUCUUGGAACCUGACGUCUGGCAAAUUCUACAUGGGGACAAGGAUGACUUCCUGAUCUAUGACAGGUGCAGCAAGCUGACUUUCCACAUCCAGCUGCCAUACAGUUUCCUGCACUUCCCUUAUGUUGAAGCUGCUGUACACCACACGUACCACAAGGACUACUGUGGCAAUUGUUCCUGGUACCAUUCUAAUAGCAACCAAGAGAUAAGUAGCACAGCAGAGACUAGUAUGAUGACGACUGAGGCUUCCAGACACAGUGAAAAGAACCAGGAAGUUUCCAGUCACAGGCAUAAUGGGAAGAGCAAAGAGGCACCCAACUCUACAGAGCACACAGCCCAUCACUUUUCUCAUCCUUCAGUGAGCAGCAGCCACAGGGCCUUGGAUCUGGCCAGUACACACCAGUCAGUUCCCCAGUCUCAGAGCCAGCUGCAGAAGCAGCAGGAAGCAGAAUCUUAA